UUCAACACUACACACAAUACUAUGAACGGGACAACAUGGACUUCUGGGCUCGCCUGCUCCCAUCCUACGCCCCGAAGAAGGCCACUGCACGGCCUGCCAGCAACGAUGCCCAUGCACGAUUGAUCCGCUUCAAGCGAGUCUACAACACCUUCCUCGAGCUAUGUGACCGCCCGCGAAACCCCACCGCCGAGGAACCUCUUCUGGACUCAUUGCGCGCGUGUCUGGAAAAGGUGGCAGCAUUGCUUCGGGAAGAAUCAAGAGCUCCGGCGCCGCACACAUGCCUCCAAUUCGCAGGAUCGAGUCGAAUCUACACCGUCAUUGCGCGAGCGGCAGGCGUCAGCCAGUAUGAGCCUCUCAUCCGAGCCAGCAUUUCGGUCUUUGCGGCAUUGGUGGACAGCGAAGAGGAGGAUUUUCUUUCAAGUGGACACUUCGCAAAGAGCUUGAUGGCAUUGGUUCGGAAGACGGUGGAUAGUGCAGAGCUUCGCAUCAGCGGCGAUACGGAAACUUCGGUCCUGGAGCUAAUGUUUACCAUUGCGGCGAAGAUUCGGCUGCAACCUGAGAUCCUCCCGGUCUGGUUCCACUCGACCGCUAAACCCGAGAUGGACGAUGUGUUUCUGACGGAGAAGAAAAGCUUCGUGGGCGUGACACAAAAGGAUGACUUUCCACUCUGCUAUCUGUUGAUCGAACGGGUGCAUCUCGAAGGUCGUAUUGGAGACUUUGCCAGGACAGGCCUCCUGUACAUCUUUGAAAGCACUGGCCGUUCUCCCGAGCUGGAGGAAUGGGUGGUGUCAAGCGAUUUGCCUACGCUCAUGGCGUCUGGACUGGGUGCGUUAUACAGCCAGUUGAGUCGAGAGCUGAGCAUACUCCACCCAGAUGCAUCGCUCCCGGCCGUACUCGCCAUGAGUGACUACACCACCAGUCACACCCGCCCAACGGCCGAAUCCGCGUUCUCCGAAAGGCACAAAGCUCACAUGGCCACGUUCCUGUCAUACUUGGCAUUCUGGCAGGACGUCCUUGACCACUGCAGAAGCGCCGAUGUGAAGCAGACCUUGCUCGAUCACUUCCAGAUUCUCUUCCUCCAGCAACUGCUGUACCCCUCCCUGCUGCAGUCCAGUGACACCGAUGCCGGAAGCUCGGUGGCCGUACUGACCUACAUGACAGCCAUGCUUGAGGCUCUGGACUAUCCAGACUUGAUUCACAUGAUGAUGACCUACCUCUUGGCAAUUCAAGAUCCGACGAUUGCAAACAGCACUGCUAGUCUGACUGCCAGCGCUUCUCCCACCACUGUCAAGCGUCGUCAGAGCUUGUUGCUUUUGGCUGCACCAAAGGAUACCGACGGCUCUGUGGACCCCGACCUGUUCAACUUGGUCGAUCUCAUCAUGAACGAUGUCCGCUCGCGUAACAGCCAGACGGUCUUUGCCGCCUUGAAAGUCAUGUCGGCGAUCGUCAUUCGACACAAGAAGUAUGCGUUUGGUACGCUGCUGAAAGUGCGCAAAGAUCGCCUCGUUGUGCCCAGUCGGACCGUGGGUGCGCUGACCCGAGAAGCAGAGCAGUAUGCCGCUCUCGCAGUCUCUCUCCACCCGCAGUACGAGUUCAACACCACUUACGCAAGCCUUUGCCAGGAUCUGCGUCUCAUCAUUGAAUCGCAGCUUUCAACGCCAUUGCCCACAGAUGAUCUUCAACACGAGGACAAUAUUGGUGCCUACGUUCUGGAAGACACCGAUCCUUUGUUGCGUAUCAUCACGGCGCAACUACGGUCCUUCUUCACCAAUCACAUUGAUGUCAACCUCGCACUGACUCAAGCGAUCAUUUGCAUCGCUCAGUGCGUUGAGCUUCGACUGGAAGACUGGGUCUGUCUGGCGCCAUCGGCUUAUACAUUCGAGGAACAUGGUCCAAACAUCGACGAGCCGUGGCAGACCCAUGUCGACAACGAAGACAGAGACGCCUGGUCUACAGCACAACAAGCCACACGAGAACCAGACUGGCGCCAGUCCAACGAGCCCGUGUUGUUCAAGGAGCUCAAGACCUUGGUGGCCUCUCUCGAUGCCGUGCGCAGCACCGUUCCGAAUCUCGAUCAGCUCAUCGCCGGCCGGAAGGUCAUGCUGCAAGCAACAAGCCUUGAAGCAGCCGCCAAUGAUCCUUCUUCGCUCAUGCAAAACUUCAGCCCAUCAGCGUUCGACGACAGCUCAGAAACACGAACGGCAGCAACCUCCAUCAGCGGAGCUGGUGAUGCAGACACUUUGUCAUCAACCGCUGAUGCCCGAUCUGGCGAGAGGCAGCCUUCGUCCACUUCGCUUUCGGCGAAUAGUGCGGCUCAUUCGCGUGACACAUCGCCCACGCCUUUAACGAUCUUCAGACCGCCGCCGCCUGAGACACCCUCUACGACUGACAUGCUUAUGCAAGUCAUCACAUUCGCUGCCGAGCCUUCUCCAACCUCGCCCGACUCCCCGGACGAUCUGCAACCGCGAAUCGCAAGUCUGAAUCACGUCUUGACAAACGUGGUUGUGCUGCAAGAGUUUGUGCUGGAGCUCGUUGCUGUCCUGCAGAUGAGGGCAGCUGUCUUGGGCGACAGGGAGGUUCGAAGCGCAUAGACUGGUUCGUCUGUAUGAUACCACCGGCCCGCGUGGUCUGAGAGGCGCAUCGGGCUCAAUUUCCCGCCUUCGUUCAUGCCCACAUCAACCGCCAAUGGCCACAACCGUCAUUUUGCUUGCUAUUCAUGCUUCUUCGAGAUACCCAGACUCAUAAAGAGUCUUCAGCAUAGCGAUCUAAUUACACAUAUCAUC